AUGUUGGAUCCACCAAUGCAAAUGAACUCAGCAGUCGUUCUCACUGAGAAUUUAGUAACUGGGCAGAGGAUGAGGAGCCAUUUAUGGCUGGUUGACUUGGCAGGAAGUGAGCGUGUAGGAAGGGUUGAAGUUGAAGGGGAAAGGUUAAAGGAAUCUCAGUUCAUCAAUAAAUCAUUGUCGGCAUUAGGGGAUGUUAUCUCUGCUCUUGCAUCCAAAGCAUCUCACAUUCCAUUCAGGCACUUUGCUCUUCCCCUCCUCUCCCGUGUCGUGUCCAUGUAUAUGUACUAUUACAUUACUAUUUUGUAA